AUGAAUAUUGACUUCUCUGACUUCAAAAUCCUCCACAUCUAUGCAGCAAAAGGUAUGCGGGAACACGCCUACGCAGCCGCUGAGCGAAUGCACGAGCUCAGAAGACUGGACACAAAAGAACACAGGGGAAAGACACCCCUGAUGGUCGCUGUGGUCGCUAACCAGCCGCUAAUUGUCCGAGAUCUGAUUCUGCUUGGUGCUGACCUGAAUGCUGUAGAUGACAAAGGGUUAACUUUCCUCCAUCUGGCUGCUACUUAUGGCCACGUGAACGUCAUACAGAUGGUGAUGGCAACAGCAACAAUGGUGGACUUAGAGGCACGGGACUUUGAAGGGCUCACCCCUUUGCAUUGCGCAGUUAUCUCUCACAACUCCGUUUAUCGGGAACUCUUUUAUGAUCCUGACCUGAUACCACAGAGGCAAGACGAGCUGCAGAGUAAAGCUGAGCAACUGGAGGCCUGCAUACGGCUACUGAUAGAAAUGGGAGCCUUAAUAAUCAGCCAGGAGGUGAAGAGCAACAAGACAGUGGUGCACUUUGCCGUUCAGGAAGGGAACCUGCUGUUACUGGAUUACUUCCUCAAACUCAGUGGCAUCUUCUGCUCACCCGAAUUUAUCAACAUGAAGGCUCAUGGUAACACCGUUUUGCACAUGGCUGCUGGUCUUCACAAUGAGAGAAACCAGGAGAAAAUAAUUAAACUGCUAUUGUACCACGGGGCAGACCCCAGCAUCCGAAACCUGGAGAAUGAUCAACCCAUCCAUCUGGUGCAGCCGGGGGAACAGGGAGAUCAGAUAAGGCAUCUCUUGAAGAAAGGACGGGUUGGCUCGGGGUCAAACCCCCGCAAUGCCACAUCCUAGGAACAUGGUUCAUUCUGGACUCGGACCAUCCCAUCUUCUUCACUCCUGCGGAAUGAAUGUGUACCUUAUAUUAGGAAUGGUUUAACAUGUACUCAUGACUUUCACUGCUGAUGUAAUGUAUCACAUCCAACAUAGCGAGAUAACCAUCUUGCAUUUUCUUCCUCAUCCAGUAUUCGAACAGACUUGUGAUUCUUACAGUAUUUUGCCGUUUCUUUAACUCCUUUCUGAAGGAGAUCUCCACCUCCUUUACAACCAAUGAAGUGUCCCUUUUAGUUUGGUUGGCAGACAGUAGCAGAGUAUUUCAAAGGACAGAUGUGUUUACUUAUUCACUUAUCGCCCAAAUACAAGACAUCAACAAAGAUAGUAUAAUUGUACAAGUGAGCUCUUAGCUCUAGCUACUGAGAAUUCGGGUGGCACGGUGGCACAGAAGUAGAGUUGCUGCCUUA